AUGAUAGUGGCGAAUGAAAAAGUUCAAGUUCAUCAUCAGUUAACCAGAAUGAAGAAAAAUCAAAGACAACAAUUUGAAAGAUUUAUAAAAGAAUUUGUAGGAACAUUUGUUGCGUGGAUUGCUUUGAACUUUUGGACACAUGUACGAGAUCUGAAAUUUCAUGCUCCUCAAAGCGGAUACCCACGAAAUGUCAAAAGCAGAAAACAAAGCCUGAGAUUUUCAUCAAAAGUUUACGAUUCCGUGACAUGA